CACAUGAUCACUUACACGAAAGACGAAAACGCCGUGAACGUUACUCUAGGAUACUGCAAUGAUAAAGGAUACUGCAGCAUCAAGGACAUAGAAGCGUAUUGGGAAGUGGACGUAAGAUCACCAGAGGUAGCAGAAACACUUAAAGCCUACCCCCGACCAACGUGUAUUGCUCCAAGCAUUAACGUGUCGCCUGAGCUUACCGCAGUGGCUGGUUGCGAGUAUUACUGUUAUAAAGGGUACAACAAGGACAUCGAUGACGGACGACCAUGCGUGAUGGAGUGGUACCCAGCUAGCGUAACUGGGGAGCCAGUAGUGACCCUUACUGGGACUUGCAUCCAAGGAAUAUGCCACCAUUCUGCAUCGACCUGGCAUGCCAUCGACGGCUUGUGUCAUGACAGCGAGCGCUUCAGCAAGUACGGCCGUAUCGUGGAAAGCUGCAAGUAUAAGUGCCCGGACCUUACUAAACGAGAUCGCCCUUAUGGACUUACGUGUUUGAUACGCAAGACACCAAUCACGAAAAGAAACGAAGUUGGUAUUUGUAAGGAAGGCACCUGUACACGGAUUCGUGAAGAUGAUCCGUGUGCAAUGAAGAUCUAUAAUGAGAAAACAGUGCCGCCCCGAGUAUCCAAAAGUUGCCUCUGUCGUGGUGUGCCAGUGGCCAAUGGAACUCUGUGUGCGUUGGCAUACUCGUUUGGUUUUGAAGGUUACAUGUUGCAAAGAGUAGGGGCCUGCUUUGGAGGCACAUGUCAAGAACGACCUCCUGAGAGGCCUCCUAAACAAAUAUUCAAGAAACGAGAAUGCAAAGUAGAGGACGUGCAGGUGACGCCAGAGCUCAUUGUGGCUGGUGGCUGCAGGGCAACGUGCAGACGGUACGAGACAGAAGACCGUCUCAACGGGACGUUGUGUUUCCGUCAUUACACUCGCGACACCUUCGGCUGGUUUCAAAAAAGGAGAACCUACCAUAUCGGUGAAUGCGAAUCUGGAAAAUGCCGGUACUCCACAAACAGCUUCCUCAUUAAGCUUUGAAUCUUAAUACCUAUGUCGCUUGAGAGCGUAAGCUUGUCGAAAUAAACAUCAAUGACAA